AUGAUGGAUAAAGAGGAGAUGCAUAAAGAGGAGAUCAGUGACACUGACAGUGGGAUCAUUCUCAACUCUGGUAAGAGCUUACACAUCAACAAUGCUGAACUUUAGAUCUAGGUGCAGAUAUAAAACUUUAUAGAAAGCACUGAACAGAUUAUUAAUGCUGAGACCUAAAUAUUUUUCAUAAGGUAGAAUCAAGUCUGAAAUUUAAAAGUGGAAAUUACAAACUUCAGAAGCCUUUUUAAACCUCAAAUACGCUAUAAAUUGUACAUUUCCUCUAUGGCAUUAAAAUUAUCCUGCAACAGGGUGAUCAAAUUAAGAUCCUACAUAUGUAGCUAAAAUAUCUAUAAUCCAUAACGAUCGUUAAUUUUGUGAUAAAAGCUCAGAAUGUGGCACCAUGUGAUGCCUAUAAGGGGGCCUGUGCUCUGUUUGAAAAGCUCCAUUAACAUCAUCUCCAAUGUGCGAUGCAGGUCCCGACAGCCCCACAUCGCCGGUCAAGGACUUGACCACUCACACCCGGGCCAUGAGGCUGAAGCAUCAGGUUCUGGAGGAGAAACUGGAACUGUGUCUACUGGAAAUCAAGAAACUCUGCAUCAGAGAGGCUGUGAGUAGUCACACUGGAAUGAGGGGUUCUAGUCAACACAAGGUCUUAACCAUUAGACCAAGUUUGAGGUGACAUUUGGGAACGUGAUCAUGAGAACAUGAUUCCAAAUCACCUCUUCUACAUUUAGAGUUGGUGGUUAAGAUAUAAGAAGUGUGUGUUUACAAACAAAUCAACUUGGAUUCGGGAUUUGCUUUAUUUACAGGAGCUGACAGGAAAACUGCCGUCAGACUACCCUCUGCAGCCUGAUGAGAAGCCCCCUUGCGUUCGUAGGAGAAUAGGAGCGUCCUUCAAACUGGACGACAGACUCAUACACCAGGAUGGAGAGGUACAGUAUAGGCUACUCAAUUAGGUUUUGUUUCAUUUGAACUGCAGCCAGGUGUGCCAACAUCUCUCAAUGUCUUGAAAUAAUUGCUCUUCCUGUUAUUUGGGUUCUCGACCCCUGAUCUAAGCUAAAAACCCUCUCUCUCUCCACAGGAUUCAGAGCUCCACUCCCUAGAAGCUGACCUGGCCUUGCAGCUCCAGAUCGUUGAAGCGGCUCGUAGACUCUCAGUGGAGGAGCACCUGUCCAAACCACAGAAGAAGAGCAGGCUGCAGCAGUGCAAGAGGGAGGAGAAGAAAGUCAAGGAUCUACAGGAAGCUGUGUUUCAGCACAGGAUCAGGAAGGAGUGCUCCUCUCCACCAAAUAACAAGAAGAAUAACUCAGCCAAACACAGAGGUGAGUGCUGUGCAUUUGCUACUGCUGCACCAAUCUGGCCACAUUGGGCUCUGCAAUCUGCAGGGGGGCUAGGUUACGUUCUCACUCAGUCCGAUGGAGGUUGGAUGGAUGGAUUGUCUUUUUUAAACACAGUUGUUUUGUUAUUGAAUCACAAAAGCAGUACAUUUCAUAAGAAUUACACUACAAUGUUGAUAAUUUCCCAACCCCUUCCCCUAAUUGAAUAAAGUCUUGAAUAAAGCUUUUUUUGUCCCCAGAUCUGUGCAUGUCUGAUGACAGCUCCCUGUCUGAUGCAGUGGCCCUGGACGAUGGUGAGUUAUCAACUAACACAGUAGAAAUGCCAAUGCAAUUCAACUCCUCCAAAGUGUCAUGUCUGACUCUUAGUAUUAUGUCUCCUCUGUAUAUCCAUAGACGUUGGCUCUGGCCCUCUCUCUCCCUCAGUGUCUGUAGACCCUCUCCUGCAAUCCUCUGUGGGCUCCCUGUCCCUCCAGUCCUCGUCCUCCCAGGGCAGUCUCCAACACACCUCCGGCCAGAGCCUCGUCUCCAGCUGCAGUGUGGAGCAGACCCAGACCUCCAUGAUGGGCUCCAGCUGCAGUGUGGAGUACCCUGAACGCUCUCCCAUCCAGAACUCCCCCUGGAGAGAGUCUAGCCUGGACCAGCCCUACCUAAGACCCAACAAACCCCUCUCUGCCUGCAGCAGCAGGUCCAGGUAAGGGUCCUCGUCCUUUUUGGAUUGAAACGCUGUGGACUAAUAGGUGGAGCAGCUGACUGUGCAGGUCCUACUUCACUACUAAAAUAUUUGUUCUGCCCAGAACCCCAUAAAAAGCUAUUUGCUUUUGACUACAUAUACUGCACUACUUUUCAACUAACAGUUGUUUAACUCCUGCCCUGCCCCCUCUCUCUGUCCCUCUUUCCCGGAGCAGCAGUCCAAAAGGGACCCCAGUGUUCCCUGCAGACAGUAGAGUCCUGCCCUCCCACUUCCCCUCCAUUAAGAAUCUGGCUCUGAGACAUGGACAGACCCACUCCUCCAGCGCCCCCUCUACUCCAGAGCUGCACAUGCGCAGACAGUACUCACAGUCCUUCAGGUAAACAAUCAAUGCUUCAGAACGUCAACACCAUAAUGCAGAAUGUCAACACCAUAACGCAGAAUGUCAACACCAUAACGCAGAAUGUCAACAGCAUAACGCAGAAUGCCAACACCAUAACGCAGGAUACCAACACUAUAACACAGAACGUAAACAACAUAGCAACAUGACUGUGUUGAUUACCUUUAUUGUGUCUUCUUGUGUGUCUAUUGUUGUGGACUUUGGUUGUGGAUUUGUCAUAAGUAACAUCAAUUAUAUUAAUAAAAUACAUUGACUAGAAUACAUUUAAUAAUGAAGUUGCUUUAUUAAUGCACGUUAUAGAGACAUACACAAGUUGCAUCACAGUAGCUCACUUUUUUCCUCCCGUCUAUUUUCCUCUUCUCAGACUUCCUAAAAGUAAGCCCACUCAUGACCUGGGUGAGGGACGUGGGCGAGCCAAGUUGCCACGCCGACGGCCGGAGUUCCUGGUUCAGUCUCCACAGUACUCCCCCCAGCGCUUGUACCAGUCCAGCUCUGAGGACAGCAGCUCUGAACACUCUGUCCCCUCCUACACCAGCUCCCCCAGCCAGGACAGCGACAGAGAUAAUCACAUAGACAGGGAGGGCCCCGCACCCACUGAGAUCCCCAAGCUCUGCCCUCCUCCCUACGGCUUCCACUACGGAGCCCAAAGUCCCACCAGCCCUGCGUUCAAUGGCUCCAACAGCCCCAGCUUUUACAAGAACAACAACCAGCACCAGUCCUCUCCCAGCUUGAGAACAAGAAUGGCGGAGGAAGGCCCCUGUUCCCCUCUUUCCCCGCAGGACCUGGACAGUCCCUUGGGGAGAGAUCUCUACCUUUCCCCCUCUAAGGCCCCCCAGCACAGGCACUGGCAGCAGGAGGGACAGGGGCCCCCACCGUCAUCCCCCAGGCGAGUUCUGAAGCCCCCACCCCCCUACACCCAUCUCGUACGUACCCCGUCACUGAGGGAGUACCCCAACCACCCCGCCCGGGUGCUGCCCAGGGAGAUGGUGUCAGAGGAGCUCAAGUGCUGGCACCAGCGGAACCAGUUCCAGAAUCAGAACCAGUUCCAGAAUCAGUUCCAGAAGUCACGCCUGGGUUCCCUGGAGCGCCAGGGGUCGUUCAGAGUAAAGAGACCCACGUCCCCUCACCUCCCACCCUACAUGCAGGUGACAAUGCCCUCUAACACUCACCAGCAUAACACACAUUUAUCUUAGCAUAACUAGCAUCUCCCAUUUAUAUAUUAAAACAUAUAGAUAUGGAACUAAAGGAAUGUGAAUGUAAUGAACAUUAAUUCAAUGUGUUGUGUUUCAGGGUCCCCACCAAAAGGUGAUCCUCCAGAGGGCUGCAGAUGGAACUCCAGUGCAGUGGUUUGUUGAAGAGGACUCAGAGAUCAUUAGCCAGGUGUAA